AUGCAUCUUCUUCUUCUUCCCCCGACACUCUGCUCUCUCUCCCCCCUUCCUCCCCACCGCCACCUUCACUUCCGGACGCGCCACCGCCAAAACCUCCGUUACCUCAAAACCCUCGGUAUUACCCCACCGGAUUUCCACUCCCCUCAAACCCUGUCUCAAAUCCUAUCAACCCUAAAUUACUUCAAAUCCAAAGGCUUUUCGGAGCCCGAUUUCCCUAGAAUCGCCUUUCUCUCCCCACAUCUCUUCACCCCGACCUUCGAUCCCAUCGCCAUCGAACCCGUUUUCGAUUUCUUAACCGUCGAUUUAGCCGCGUCGCCGGAGGAGAUCCGUGGAUUGAUCCUCAAAUGCCCUCACAUCCUCGAAUCGGAUCCGGAUUUGUGCUUGAAACCGACACUCAGUUACCUCAAAAAGUUGGGGAUUAAGCAGUUGAAGUCUCCAACAACCUUGAAUGCUCAUCUACUGGAUACAAGAGUAGAGAAAUUAGAAGAGAAAAUGAGGUUUUUGCGAAGCGUAGGGUUUUCCGUUGAGGAAUCGAGGAGGAUAUGCGGGCGGUUUCCGGCGAUAUUUGGGUACGGUAUAGAGCAUAACUUGAGGCCCAAGUUUGAGUAUUUGAGGAAGGAGAUGAAGAGGAAUGGUAGGGAGGAAGUGAACAAGUUUCCACAGUAUUUCGGGUUCAGUUUGGAGAAGCGGAUAAAGCCCAGAUAUCUGCAUCUGAAACAGAGGAAUGUUGAUGGUGAUGUACCAUUGAAUAGGAUGCUGCUAUGGAGUGAUGAAAGAUUUUUCAAGAAAUGGAAAUGAAAGGAAGAUGUAUACACCUUAACAGAAUUGAUUUUAU